CACCUCUGUUGCUAAGCAACAGACCUUACUCACUCUAUAAGCCCUAGGAGAAGCCCCGGACCAAGGUGCUCCUUGCAGGAAGUUUUGCCUGAGAAGGACAUUGAGAAGUAGGUGGGGAAGAUGCUGCGGCUUAUCAUGCAGUCGGCCAAGAUUAGCCCACCCCUAAGCCCCCCACCCAGACCCUGCGUGUCCGUGUACUUCAGAGAUGUCAAGAGGACAACUCGUGAGGUGGAGGGCAAUCACCCCGUGUGGAAUGAGACGCUCAUCUGGCACCUCUGGAACCACCCGCUGCAGAAGGACUCUUUCCUGCAAAUCACCCUUCGAGACAUGGGCUCAGUGAAGAAGGAAAGGUUCAUUGGCAUGGCCACAGUACUGCUCAAGCCCUUGGUGAAAAAGCCAAGAAAGAUCCUUUUUGUGAAUGACCUAACCCUGCUCAACCAUUCCAUGAUGCCCACAGAGUGCGCCGUCACCUUACAGGCAGCCCUUGUGACCUACAAGGAUAUCGAGAAGACCGGCGAUGAAGACCUCCUGGCCAUAACAGCUCAAGAGGCGGCCAAGCAGAAGCUGAUGUUUCCCAGCGCCACAGUGCACAAGGCUCUGUCCCCAAAGCCUCAGCACUUCCAGGUCCGAGUGCAGGUGUUUGAAGCCCGGCAGCUGAUGGGCAACGACAUCAAGCCAGUGGUGAAGGUGGUCAUCGGAGGCCACCAGCACCACUCACGGAUCAAGAUGGGGAACAACCCUUUCUUCAAUGAGAUCUUCUUUCAGAAUUUUUAUGAGGCUCCUAUGAAGUUCUUCGAUGAGAUUAUCUUAAUCCAGGUGAUGAAUUCCUCAGUGAUGAGAUUCAACGCAGAGAUCGGGAGAUUCCAAACAGAUAUUGGGUUCAUCUACAACUGUCCAGGUCACACACUCCUGAGGAAAUGGCUUGGCCUCUGCCAGCCAAACGAACGCAACAGUGGUGUGAGAGGCUACCUGAAAGUCACCAUCUGUGCCCUCGGUGUGGGAGACCAGGCACCGGUCGACCAAAAACUGAUCUAUAGGGUUGAGGACACGGACACCCAGAUCUUCAAGUCGUCGGUGGUGCCCAUCAGCAUAGCCUACCUACAGUUCUUCAUCUACUGCGCCGAGGACCUCCACCUCAAGAAACACUACUCUGUGAGUCCUAUGUUGGAGGUGGAACUAAUUGGGGAAAAGCUCAAGACACAUGUGCAGACCCAAACCGAGAGCCCGAUAUGGAACCAGAUCCUGACCUUCCGGAUUCAGCUUCCCUGCCUCUCCAGCUACAUCAAGUUCAGAGUCUUGGACUGCCCCAGGAACAGGUGCAAUGAUGAGAUCGGGACAGUCAGCCUGUCCCUCAACCAGAUCUCGUCCACUGGAGCUGAAAUAGAAGGAAUGUACUCUGGCUUCCUACCCUGCUUUGGCCCCAGCUUCUUGACUCUCCGUGGGGGUAAAAAGGCCCCUUUCAGAAUGAAGGAAGAAGACCCUAAUAUUCCCAACAUUGUCAAGGAUGGUUUAGCUUAUCGAGGCCGGGUCUUCCUGGAGUUAAUCACCCACGUCAAAUCCCGUCAAGAAGCUAAGAUGAAGGAUCUCUCCCUAGAUGUGAUCAGCGUAGAGAAGCACCAGAACCGACAGAAGUAUGGGCUGUGCGUCAUCUUCCUUUCCUGCACCAUGAUGCCUGACUUUAAGGACCUGAUCCAAUUUGAAGUCAGCAUUGGUCACUAUGGAAACAAGAUGGACCUGAGUUACAAGCCUCUUGUCUCAACCACACAGUACAGCCCAGCGAUAUACGAUGGGAACAUCUACCAUUACGUGCCCUGGUACAACACCAAGCCCGUCGUGGCCGUGACCUCCUUUUGGGAGGAUGUCGGCUUCCGUAUGAACUGCCUCAACCUCCUCCAAUUCACGCGGGAUCGCCUGAAGGCCAACCUGGACACCCUGAAGUCCAUGAGGAAUCCGAGGGACCCGGCUCUGCUUCCCCAGUGGGAGAAACUGCUGAGGGAGCUGGUGGAGGACUGCAAGCAGCCGCUGCCCUGCAUGACCAGUCAGCCCAAAGCCACCGACCUGGACAAGAACAGGUGGAAGCUCCGCCGCCUCCUUCUGCAGGAACUGGCCCAGAAGGCCAAGCAGGCGCCCCCCAGGGACAUGGUGGCCACUGCAGAGGGCUGGCUGUACCGCCUCAAUGCUGUGCUCCCCGAGCCGCAGAUGAAUCUCCCGGAUGUGAUGAUCUGGCUGAUGGCCCGGGAGCAGCGGGUGGCCUACGCUCAAGUGCCUGCCCACAGCAUCCUGUUCUCCCCAAAUGGGGCCCGGCACUCCGGCAGGUUCUGCGGGAAGACACAGACCCUAUUCCUGCAGUACCCAGAAGGAGAAGGAGAGAAGGACACCCUCCCCGCCCAGCUCCGGGUCUGCAUGUGGCUCGGCAAUGUGACUGACAGCAGGGACCUGGAGCUGCUCCGCCAGGGCGAAGUGGUCGUGUAUGCAGAGACGUAUGAGAACCAGGCCAAGUUUAAGGACCAGUGGGGACAACAGUUCCUGCAACACUGCCCCAACUUCUCGGACGUCACGGGGCACAAGGCCCUUCCCAAGGAAGAUUUCAAAGAGCCCCACGGAUGGCACUGGGCGGGUCCGUGGACAGUGGAGCCUCAGAGGAGGCUGCUCCUGGACACGGACAUCAACAAGAGCCAGGUGCUGGAGGAGGUGUAUGAGAACCAGCGCCGGGAUGCCAUGGGGACCUGGGUGCCUGCCGCCAUCCCCAACACGGAUGUGGUGAGCAGGAGGCAUGGGGGACAAUCCAUGCUCCCGGUGUGGGGGGGCCUUGGAAGCUGGGAGCGCUGGAUCAGUGGGACCCUGGUGAGCACUGAUGGGGGCCAGUUCCGCGUCUACCCCUUUCCUGAGAACCCGGAAGCUCCCAAGCCCCCUCGCCAGUUCCCGCUUUGGCCUAAGAAAGAGGACUUCCCCCAGCAGUGCCUGGUGCGGGUGUACAUUGUGCGAGCCUUCCACCUGCAGCCCCAAGACUUCAAUGGCCUGUGUGACCCUUACGUGAUCCUGAAACUGGGACAGACGAUGCUUGGCAACCGGGACAAGUACCAGCCCAACACUCUGGACCCCAUCUUUGGCGUGAUGUUUGAACUGAGCUGCACCAUCCCCCUGGAGAAAGACCUAGAGAUCCAGCUAUAUGACUUUGACCUAUUCUCACCUGAUGAUAUGAUUGGAACCACAGUCAUUGACCUUGAAGACCGACUCCUGUCUGGCUUUGGAGCUCGUUGUGGGCUCUCCAAAUCCUAUUGCCAGUCAGGGCCCUUCAGGUGGCGGGAUCAGAUGCCCCCAAGCUUGCUCUUGGAGCACCACGCCAAGCGAAAGGGACUACCGCCGCCUCUCUUCAGCCCUGAGGGUGACUCUGUUUAUUACAACGGGAAAAAAUUCGAACUGCAAAGCUUUGAACUCAAGCCCCCUAGAGCGCGCUUCUUGGGAUCUAAGAAAGAGCGCCUGGCUCUGUACCUCCUGCACACCCAGGGGCUGGUACCCGAGCAUGUGGAGACCCGCACUCUGUACAGUGACAGCCAGCCGGGCAUCGACCAGGGAAAGGUGCAAAUGUGGGUGGACAUCUUCCCCAAGAAGCUUGGGCCUCCCGGCCCCCCAGUCAACAUUGGGCCCAGGAAACCUAAAAGGUAUGAGCUCCGCUGCGUUAUCUGGAAAACCACCCUUGUGGACCCGAAGGAGAAGAGUUUAAGUUACGACAGGAUAAACGACAUCUAUGUCAAAGGGUGGCUCUUCGGGCUGGAGAAGGACAUGCAGAAGACGGAUGUCCACUACCGCUCCCUGACGGGGGAGGGCAUCUUCAACUGGCGGUUCAUCUUCACCUUGGACUUCCUGGCAGCAGAGCACGUGUGUGUCCUGAGCGAGAAGGACUACAUAUGGAGCCUGGACCCCACGGUGACGAAGUUCCCAGCCCGGCUCAUCAUCCAGGUCUGGGACAACAACAUCAUCUCCACGGAUGACUUCCUAGGGGUCCUGGAGCUGGACUUGUCGGACAUGCCCCUCCCGGCCCCGCACGCCAGGCUGUGCUCUGUGAGGAUGCUGGAGGCUGACCCCAAGUGGCCCCACUUCCUCCAGCACAAGCACUCGUCCCUCUUUAAGAUGAAGAAUGUGGCUGGCUGGUGGCCUUGCCAGGUUCUCGAUGGUGGCAAAUGGCGCUUGUCGGGUAAAGUGAAGAUGACCCUGGAGAUACUGACAGAAAAGGAAGCCUUAAUCAAGGCAGCAGGACGAGGCCAGUCAGAACCCAACCAAUACCCUACACUCCAUCCUCCCUUACGCACCCACACCCUGUUCAUGUGGUUCCGGUCACCCAUUGGGAAAUUCAUCCGUGUAUUCUGGAGACGCUAUCGCUUCAGAAUCAUAGCCACUGCCAUCAUACUGCUCAUAGGGCUUCUGCUGUUCAACUUUAUCUAUUCGGCUCCAAACUAUUUGGCCAUGAGCUGGAUCAAACCGGAACUUCGGCUGAAUGCCCCCAUUCAAAUAUACGCCAGCAUCAUCAAUGCGCCAAACACCAGCAGCACCAGCUCUUCCAACCUCACCACUCCCCAGCAGAGCCUGGAACCUACAACGGCCCUCAGGCUGAAACACCUCCAGGGACACGUGUCUAUCCAGUCUCCCCUGGAGCUCAAAAACACAAAACAGCCAUCUGCUUCCUCAGUUCCAAAGAAACUGAAGGCCAAGCCCUGGCGCGUGGGGGCGGUCGGGAGGGCCCCACUGUCACCCCACCUGCAGGAGAGACCUACAGCUCGUGGGAAGGACGCGAGAAAGCCAAAGACGACACCACCACCCCCGGUGGCCAAGGGGACCCCCCUUGCCUUCUGCACCGAGCUCUCCCAUCCCAGAAGGCAGGGCAAGGGUGGAUGGGCCGAAGGUUUAGCCAAACCCACCCCUAGAAGGAAAGCCACGCAGAAGGGCAUGUUUGGUUUUCAUCAGCCACGUUAA